AUGCAGUACUCUCUCUAUGUGUCUAUCAGAAUCUCCGUGGAAAGAACUUUCCUAGCAUUUCUCAGGACUUCAUUGGCCUUGUCAAUGUUAGGGGUAUCAGUUGCACAACUAUUCCGUUUGCAGCAUUCCCCCACGCCAAAUCCAUUAAUAGGGUUCUUCGUACUAGGGAAACCUCUAGCUUGUAUCUGUCAGGUUGCUGCAAUCACAACUUUGUUGAUAGGAAUUUUCAGAAGUUGGAGACAUCAGAACGCUAUCGUGAGAGGUAAAGCUCUCUCAGGGGGUUUGGAAGUCAUUAUCAUUGGAGCUGGAUUUUUCUUUAUAUUUCUAGCAUUUCUUAUACUUCUAAUUGUUGUGGACAUUUUGAAAGAAGAUUUGAAGUCCGAUAAGUGA